AGAUGAGAGAGGGAUAGAAUUUGCAGGCGAAACGUAUCGUCUUCCCCAAAUUGGGGUCCCACCCCACGCCAGCAGCCAGCUCCCCCGCGGCGCGCACGAAAAUUGAGAAACUUGUUCAUCACCCAAAACUCACACACUUUUCAAACUAUAUUCAAAUGGGUGCUACACACUCGUCGUGCCUCUCCGAAAAAUCCAUCCACGAAUUCACAGUCAAGGAUAGCAAAGGCAAGGACGUCGACCUCAGCGUUUACAAAGGGAAGGUCCUCCUCGUGGUUAACGUCGCUUCCAAAUGUGGCUUUACCGAUACCAAUUACACACAGUUGACUGAGCUUUACAGCAAAUACAAGGACAAAGGUUUUGAGAUCUUGGCAUUUCCAUGCAACCAGUUUCUGAAGCAGGAGCCUGGAACAAGCCUGGAUGCGAUUGAAUUUGCAUGUACAAGGUACAAGGCUGAAUAUCCAAUCUUCAAGAAGAUACGUGUGAAUGGGCCAAACGCAGAACCUGUCUUUAAAUUCCUUAAAGCAAGUAAACCUGGAUUUAUGGGGAGUAGGAUAAAGUGGAACUUCACUAAGUUCUUAGUGAACAAGGAUGGCAAUGUCAUUGGACGUUACAGCCCAACAACCUCUCCCUUAAACAUUGAGGCUGACAUCAAAAAAGCACUAGGAGAAGUAUAAGAAUGAAGCAGUUUAGAUGAGUUAUCUGUUUCUCUGUUCAUCAUCUUUCUCCCAUGCCUGUGUUUUUUCUCCCUCUUCUCCUGUCCAUAUAACUUUAGUUUGCUAUUACAUCUUAUUUAUUAUUUGUUUGUGCUUUGUCUUCCCUGUAAUUGACAUUCAUGUAACAAAUGAAAUUACUACUUUGCAAAUGAAAUGUAAGUUGUUUGGUUGUCA